UGCUGCGGGCCGCGUGGCGCGGGAAUGGAGGGACAACUGGAGAGCCCGGCCGUGGGACUGGGAGGGCACCGGGAAGUGGUGGAGAAGAUGGAGGACCUGACUGUGGAGCCGGGCAGACAGCGAGAUGUAGUGGAGCAGCUGGAGAGCUCGGCCGUGGGGCCGGGCGGGGAGCUGGAGAGCCCGGCUUUCGGGCCGGGUGGGCAGCGAGAGGCGGUUGAGCAGCUGGAGGACCCGGCCGUGGGACCGGGCGGGCAGCGGGAAGUCGUGGAGCAGCGGGAGAGCCUGGCCGUGGGGUCGGGCGGGCAGCGAGAGGUGGUGGAGCAGCUGGAGAACCUGGCCGUGGGGUCGGGCGAGCAGCUGGAGAGCCUGGCCGUGGAGCCGAGUGGGCAGCAGGAAGUGGUGGAGCAGAUGGAGAGCCUGGCCGUGGGGCCGGGCGGGCAGCGGGCGGCCGGUCCGGAGAUGGUGCAGAGCCCUGCGGAGGGCGGUGGGGAAGCCCAGGCCCCUCUGCCCUCAGCCGUGGGACCGCGGCGCUCGCCGCCGCCCGCCUGGCCCCGCUCUCCCGCUGCCGACGUGUCCUCGUCGGACUCGGACAGUGAUACAGAUUCAGAUAGUUCCUCAUCUACACUCUUCUCUUCAUCUUCAUCUUCAGCAGUAUCUGAUGAAGAUGGGCAUCCAACUGAGAAGGAUAACAGAUCUUACUGUCUUAGGACAAAGGAUGAGUUGCCUAUUGAUAAAUUGCCUCCUGUUGAAGACUUAUCAAUAAUUCUUCCAGAUAAUGUUGAACUGAAGCUCUUUGGGACAGUUUCCAGUGUCGUUGAGCAGCUAGUAAUAAUUGAAUCACUGAUAGGCCUACCUCCAGUAAAUGAGGAAAGCAUAAUUUUUAAAGAAGAUCGGCAAGCAGUAGGAAAGAUAUUUGAGAUAUUUGGUCCUGUUUCACAUCCUUUUUAUGUGAUAAGAUUUAACAGCUCUGAGCACAUCAAAGAGAAAGGUAUUAAUGUGCAAGAUAGCAUGUAUUUUGCUCCAUCAGUAGAGGACUUCACCCAGUAUAUAUUUGCAGAAAAACUAAAACAGGAAAAAGGUUCAGAUGCAUCUUGGAAGAAUGACCAAGAACCACCACCUGAAGUUUUGGAUUUCAGUGAUGAUGAAGUAGAAAGAGAGGCAAAACAGAAGAAAAAGAAGUCUCAAAGUCAAGGAAGGAAGAAAGUCAGAUCAGAAACACUUGCGUCAAGUGAGAAUAAAGAACUUCAUCACUCACUGCAACAGCCUGCUUCAAGUUACUCAAGGGGAUACCGUGGCAGAGGGUUCUCCAGGGAUCUGCUUGCUCCUCCAUCUGGCCCUCGAGGGUUUUUCAGACCACAAGUAAGACCACCACCGUUCUUUUCAGACUGGAAGAUACGCCAGGAGCCACCAGUGUUUCCACCACCUCACAGAAGAGAAAAUCCAAUGAUGCAGCAGUAUGCCUUUCCUCCUCCAGAUUUUGGUUAUGCCAAUGAUUGGCAUCAAUUCCACCCUCCGCCUUCAAAUAUGAAUAUGUGGACAGGCUCAAACACGUACAAUUCAUCCUACUCAUUUCUGCCACCACCACCGCCACCACCACCGCCACCUCCUCCAGACAGCCAUCCUCCUCACUUCAGGCCUUUAUGAGAUUCCAUGCGGGCCCAUGUAGAGCACUGCAGUUUACACGGAGAAAGAACAGCCUCAGCCUGCCAGGACUGCAUUCCCUUAUUUUGGAGAUGCUUUCUUUUACUGCAGAGGUAGAACGAAUGCAGAGUUUUGUGCUUUGUGGGGCAUCUGUAGGAAUUUUUUUUUUUCAUGUAUGUUUUCUGUUUCCAAAAAGAAAUGUAUAUGAUAAAAGUAACUGAAUAUUGAGUAAUAGUUUAUUUUUAUAAUAUCUGCUACUUUAAGAUGAUAAAUAAAAGCCUUUUGGAGAUUGGUA